GAGGAAAGAAAGAAAAAAAAACUCAGACUUCCCAAAGGAAAGGGGAAACCCAGACAAAAAAAAAGAAGGCAAAAUUUCAUCAAGUCAACAAACAACAACAACGAAGGUCUUUGUUGUUCUGUGGGAUGAUUAGAGAAUAAAAAGCUAUGUGGAAACAGAUUCUGAGUAAGCUUCCCAAGAAGUCUUCUAAGAACGAUCAUCAUCGUGGACGUGAACGUGAACACGGUGGUGGUCAUUCCUCUUCAUCAUCUUCUUCUCAUGCUUCCACUUCCAAAAGCAGUGACAAUGGCGCUGCUAAAUCAGGUAACUCCCACACAAAGAACAACGCUACAACAGGUGGGAGACCCGCUGCUUCUGAGUCUGGUCCUAAAGGUGGAAACAACAACAACAAUAACAACAAUGGAGUUUUUACUCCUUAUGAAGCAUUACCUAGUUUCAAAGACGUUCCAAACACUGAGAAGCAAACUUUGUUCAUAAAGAAGCUGAAUUUGUGCCGUGUAGUGUUUGAUUUCACGGAUCCUACAAAGAACAUCAAGGAGAAAGAUAUCAAGAGGCAGACAUUGCUGGAGCUUGUGGACUAUGUUAAUACCGCCAAUGGGAAGUUUAGUGAAGGGAGUGUCCAAGAAGUGGUUCGGAUGGUCUCUGCUAACAUAUUCAGAACGUUGAACCCUCAGCCACGUGAGAAUAAAGUUAUUGAUGCCUUGGACCUGGAGGAGGAAGAGCCUUCUAUGGAUCUUGCUUGGCCUCAUUUGCAGCUUGUGUAUGAGCUUUUCUUGAGGUUUGUUGCUUCCCCGGAGACUGACACCAAGCUGGCUAAGAGAUACAUAGACCAAUCAUUUGUCCUGAGGUUGCUUGAUUUGUUUGACUCCGAGGAUCCUAGAGAGAGGGACUGUCUGAAGACCAUUCUCCAUCGGAUCUAUGGUAAAUUUAUGGUUCACCGUCCUUUCAUCAGGAAAUCCAUAAACAAUAUUUUCUACAGGUUUGUUUUUGAGACGGAGAAACAUAAUGGGAUUGCUGAGUUUCUUGAAAUAUUGGGAAGUAUCAUCAAUGGGUUUGCUCUUCCUUUGAAAGAUGAGCACAAAGUGUUUCUCGUCCGUGUUUUGAUACCUCUCCACAAACCGAAAUGCUUGCAAAUGUAUCAUCAACAGUUGUCUUAUUGUAUCACACAGUUUGUGGAAAAGGAUUGCAAACUUGCUGACACGGUUAUAAGAGGGUUACUGAAGUACUGGCCCGUGACAAACAGUUCCAAAGAAGUCAUGUUUCUCAAUGAGUUGGAGGAAGUACUCGAAGCAACUCAGCCACCAGAGUUCCAAAGGUGCAUGGUGCCAUUGUUUCGCCAAAUAGCUCGAUGCUUGAACAGUCUACAUUUUCAGGUUGCAGAGAGAGCUUUAUUCUUAUGGAACAACAAUCACAUAGAGAAUCUAAUAAUGCAGAGCCGCAAAGUCAUUCUUCCAAUUAUAUUCCCUGCCUUGGAGAGAAAUGCGCAGAAACACUGGAACCAAGCUGUUCAUAGCUUGACACUAAACGUGCGGAAGAUAUUUAACGACCUUGACCCUGAAUUGUUCAAGGAAUGCCUAGCCAAGUUCAAAGAAGAUGAAUCAAAGCAAGUUGAAACCAAAGCGAAACGUGAAGCUACUUGGAAACGUUUAGAAGAACUUGGGAUGCGAAAGGCUUCAUGAGGUUUAAAGCUGUAAAGAAGAAAAAGAGAGAGAGAGCUUUUCGUGUCUUAUCCACUGGAGUGUGGUAUGUUCUUCUGAUACUACUUCUGAUAUUCAAUUCAGGAGAUGCAUUGAAGAAAAGUGGCCUCUUCUUUGAAAGAAAGGAAACUCAAGAUGUAAGAUUGUUCCCGUUUCGAUUUCUUCUAAAAUCUUUGAAGCUUGUUAAUGUUUUUUUUAAAUAUAUUUUGCUACAUUGUUCGAUCUCUGUUCCACUUUCCUGAGACUGUCUGAUUCAUUCAUCUUCUCCUUUUGAUGAUAUCUGCAAAAUUGCAGCAUUAGGAGUUGCCUUAAAGAAUCAGUUUGUUGUUUGUAUUAAAUACUUUUCUCUUUUGGAUUCUCACUUGUAUAUUCUUUUUUUAAAAAGCAGUCUUUGGUUU